UGUAUAAGAUACCUAGUAAAGAUGACUAGCUAGAUCACUCAUCUCUCCCAAUAGACCUCCAAGCUUAAUUCAUGGAUAUCCAGUUUCCGUACAUUUUGGUUCUUUUUGCUUCCCUUCUCUUUUUGUUCAUAGUGGUGAAUGGAAAAAGAUCAUCAAAAUUGCCUCCAGGUCCAUGGAAGCUACCUGUUAUCGGUAAUUUACAUAACAUGUUAGGCCUAGUACCACAUCGUUCGCUAGGGAAUUUAUCCAAGAAAUAUGGACCAUUGAUGCAAUUACAGCUCGGUGAAGUUCCUAUACUUGUUGUAUCGUCAGCAAGUGUUGCCAAACAGAUUAUGAAGACCCACGACUUGAGUUUUGCAGACAGACCGGAAAUUUACGCUGCAAAAGUUAUGUUAUACGAUUGUAGUAAUGUUGUCUUCUCUCGCUAUGGAGAUUAUUGGAGAGAGAUGCGUAAGAUUUUCAUCUUGCAAGUCUUAAGUGCUAAACAUGUCCCAUUGUUCCGACCACUACGAGAAGAGGAGGUAUCGAAUACAAUUAGAAGCAUAUCUUCGCAAGCUGGUGAACCUAUCAACCUCAGUAAACGAAUUACUUCCUUAUUCAAUACCAUCACUUUAAGAGCAGCAUUCGGAGAUAACUGCAAAGUAAACGAAGAAAUCAUUUCAAUGAUGCGUGAAUCAAUUACUUUGAUAAGUGGGUUGGAAGAUUUGUUCCCAUCUCUAAAACUAAUACAUCAUAUAGGUGGAACCAAAUCGAAGUUACUGGGAUUUCAUCAGGAGGUCGAUAAGUUUUUAGAGGGAGUUAUCCAGGAACACAAAAAAAGUAGGAUGACUCGAACUAAAAAUGACGAUAAUGCUAAUAUAGAUGAAGAGGAUUUAGUAGAUGUGCUUCUUCGGGUCCAGGAGAGCGGCGAAUUGUCUUUGACAACAGAAAAUAUCAAAGCGCUCGUUUGGGAAAUUAUAGGUGCAGGAACAGAUACUUUAGCUGUUGCAGUACUAUGGGCAAUGUCAGAGUUGCUGAGAAACAGAAGAGCAAUGGAGAAAGUGCAAACUGAGGUAAGACGGGUCUUUGAUGGGAAGAAGCAAAUUGAAAAAACGGACGUUAAGAAACUAGAAUACUUAAAUCUAGUUAUCAAAGAAACUCUAAGGCUACACCCUCCUGCUCCACUCACAUUAAGAGAAAGUAGAGAGAGUUGCGAGAUUGAUGGAUAUGAAAUACCGGCAAAAACAAAAGUGAUUAUCAACUUGUGGGCUAUCGGAAUGGAUCCAGAUUAUUGGAGUGACCCUGACACAUUUCAACCCGAGAGGUUUGCAAGUAAUUCAGUUGAUUAUAAGGGAAAUAGUUUCGAAUAUAUUCCAUUUGGAGCUGGAAGAAGGAUGUGUCCGGGGAUAUCAUUUGCCAUGGCCAAUGUUGAGCUAACACUUGUUCAUUUAUUGUAUCAUUUUGAUUGGAAAAUCCCCAAUGAAGAAAAACCUGAAGAUCUCGACAUGUCAGAGCUCUUUGGAAUAUCAGUUGAUAGAAAAAUUGAUUUGGUUCUGAUUCCCAUCCCUUUCAUUUCUCCAAAUUGUGGAAUUUAAUGUCCAAGAGUUGCCGGACAUAUUCUGAAGACCCCGGCCACAACUUCUAUAUUUUCAGACAGACCAGAACUAUGUUGUUAUAUGAGGUCGUGUAAAAUAAUAAGCAAUUCAAGUUUAUAGAUAUAAAUGUGAAGUAAGGAAUUUUAUUUGUAUGUCGCUAGAUCAUUUUUAUGUCAUCAUUUUAGACAAAUGCACA